AUGUCUGCUCGCAGAUCAGGUGCAAGUCAUCCCGGUCGUCAGAGCACGAUGGGCUUGUUUUCCUGUUUCUCGCGCGCCAAGACGGUAGAUGCCAUCGAUGGCGGAGACAUCAUGUACAACAUGGAUGGCCUGGAGCUCAAGGAGGGCACGUCACCGGGCGGCAGCCCCGGCAGGAACCGCCGAGCACCAGGAUCAGACAGCUUGAACAGCUCCCCACGUAAGCGCAUCGACUACGACGCCCUUGUCAAGGCCAAGCACAUGCCCGGUACUAACGUGCACGCCGUCGCCACCGCCAGCAGCGGAGCGGGCGGCCAGGGCAACGUCGAGCUGGCCAACGCCCGUGCCCUUGUGCGUGCCCUUGCUCGCAAGCCAGAGUCCAGGCAAGUCGAGUCCCUUGUCCGCUGCUCCUUGAGGCACCUGUCAAGGCUUCUGGUGCUGGACGGCCGUGAAAAGCUCGAGAUGUGGUGGGUCGAGGAGGGGUACCUGACUGACCUCACCUCCGUGCUCCUGGCUCUGGAGGAGUCCAAGACCCGUGACCGGCUCUACAUCCCCUCCCGCUACCAGCUGUUCACCCUCAACCAAGUCCGCCAGGGUGUGAAGGCGUCAGAAGACGCAGCACUGCAGGCGGCAGCAGCUGCGCAGGCCGCAGAGUCCGGCAGCAACGCCGUUGAGACAACUUCCAAGGCCGCCCUUUCUGCCCUCAGAUGCUCCCAGGCAGCCAACGCGGCGGCGGCUGCGGAGGGCAACGCGAUGGGAAGUGCCAACCACGCUCGCAUCGAGCAGUCCAUGGCCUCGCUCGCAGCCGCCAUGGCCGCCAUGGCGCUCUUCGAGCAGGCGAAGGAGUCUGCGCAGAAUGCUGCGCUGUCCGCCAACAAGGCGGCCAGCGCCACCUGGUUGGCCCUGGAGCGCGUGAGUGCCCUGUACACCAGCACUCGCCAGUACUACAUGCUCGAUGACCUCGUCGAUGCCUCAGCAGCCGCCAAGCGGGCGAUGGCGCUGACAAAGCAGGCCAACAUGGGGUGGGCCGCUGGGUCAAUGCAAGGGCGGCAGACGGCGCUGGCAGCAUGCAAGGCCGCAGCUGACGCAGCAGAUCUUUGCCACAAGGAGCUUGUCAACAUGUUCAAGCUCAACACCUAAUUUUACGCAUAUGCAAUUGCCCACCUAUUGUGGGGGCCUGACUAUCCCCCGACAUAACUGCAACUACCUGGCAGGAAUUUGCCUGUCACCGGUGCAGCAAAUAAGGAACACGUGUUGCCGAAUGGGCACAUAAUGCAGCGUUGGCGUUCUUAGUCAUAUGCACGGGGAUGACCAUGUGCCAGAAAUGGCAGCAGUGAAGGGGCUGUGCUGAGUGUGCUUGCUCUGGGCACUGUGGUAUAGCUUUCAUACACGCUGCAAUGAAGAGCUUAGAACUCAGGCUCAGGAUAGUGCAUGUGCAGCUGUGCACAAGCAUCCUGGCAGGGUAGGGGUCCCUGCAGGACAGAGUUAAGUGGAAAGGUUUUCAGAUUCGAAAGCAGAGUGCCGAGCAGAACAAGGUCUGGAAAUUCGCUUUGCUCCAAUCUUGCAAUUGGGACAGGAGGGCAGAUGGAGUGGUGCCCAUUUGGGCAGUCCUAAGGGAACUAGCUUGCAUUUUAGGCAUUUAUUGGCAUGCGGGCAGACCUGCAGCACAAGCUUGUGGAAAAAGUGUCCCUGCUGCAGGUGGUGAAACAUGUGCAUGCUCAUUAUCGUUUCCGCAGUGUAGGCGGCCUGCUUGAGGUCAUAGCAGAUGGACGUAGAGGUCUCAAAUAAAUAAGUCACUUGUCUGGUCAUGCACUGCAUCAGGGCAGACUUGCUGACAAUAAAGUCAAAGUGGGAUUUUGAUGCAUCUUGGUGACGGAUAUUGAAGGUCCAAGAUGCAAGUGGUGCAUCUCUUUUCCUUUCGCAUCGUGCUUUCAUGGCUUUUUGGACAAAAUUGGUUGUAGCUGUUUGUUGUGUGAGAACAUCUGCUGAUGUGGGCGGUGUGAAUAUCAAUCUCCAUGCAAUGCAUCAGACGGGCAUUUGCGUGUCCUGAUGACCCAUGGAUAUUGUCAGGGUUAGUCAACGAUUUGUUGUCUUGCGCUGUCCCUGAGCGCAUGCCCUGCUACUAUGUUUUGCGUUUGCUUGCAAAUAAGGUACCACUUGCACAUUACUUCGUUCGGUUUUGUUUGAUGAAAUCACUGAUCACUGAUUCCAAGGCGGCCAGUGGUGUAAUACUGCAGCCGUU